AUGUCAGGAAUUCAAACCAACGAGACGACCAGUCUACCCACAUCGACUACCGCCGAGGAGAGACUUAACGUAUCACCAGCUACCAACCCAGAAACCUCGAAUAGGCAACCACCGACGAUGAAUCCCGUAGAAAACGCGACCUUACGCCCAGAAGCACCAGAUGUAAACCAAAGCACACCAGCUCCUGCAGACGUCGCGACACUAUUUGCGACGAUGAUGGCUCGAAUGGAAGAGUUGAAUCAUCAGACAAGUGCUCGCCUGAACGAACUAGCAGCAGCACAACUUUCUUGUCAAGACCAAGUCAACAUAUUACACUCGUCAGAGACUCAAGCCCCGGAGAGACGAGCACAAGAAAUUCAGCGUGUACAGCGCGCCUUAUUCGGAGACUCUCCCGCACCACCAACGACAGAAAAUCAUCCAGCCUCGAAUUGUGACGAGGUGAAUAUCGGAGCUCCCAAACACGAAACGCGUCGACUUCAAAUUAGAAACUCGCAACAAGAUGAAGAAAUGAACGAAAUGAGGACCAAGUUGCGAGCCAUGACCUUGCUAGUACAUCAGGCUACUAGCUCGGCGCCUGAGAUCGAUCGCGUACUGAAAGAGAGCCAAAGCACCCCGUUUACAACCCGAAUCACCGAUUUCCCGAUACGAACUCAAGUGAAGUUCAACCUUCCGACGUAUACUGGCAACUCAGAUCCAAGCCAGUUUAUGACCGCGUUCAGCAUCCAAAUGGGUCGAGCACGAUUCACCCCCGAGGAGAAAGAUGCUGGUUUUUGCCAGCUGUUUGUCGAAAAUCUCAGCGGUGCGGCCCUCGUUUGGUUCUCCAUGUUAAAAGCGAAUUCGAUCGACAGCUAUCAAGCGUUGUCGACAGCUUUUCUCAAGAGAUACAUGAUGUACGUCCAAGGCGCAGUUUCCAGUGCCGACCUCUUCCAGAUCAAACAGGGCGACAAAGAAUCCCUUCGAUCUUUCAUCGGCAGGUUCAAUGCGAUUAUUUCUCGUAUUACCGUGACCGACGAAGCAUCGCUAUCGGCCCUUCGGAACGCCCUACGAAUCGAUACGAAAUUUUGGGACAGCCUCAAGUUCAGUAAACCCCAAACUCUAGAAGACGCGCUUCACCGUGUCACCUCGCCAGUAAAGGCAACGCCAAAGCAGCAGCCUCACAAUGAAAUCCCAAAACAAGAUUAUCAGGAACCUCGACAACACCUCGACAACAACUAUCGAGCAACAGAAUCGCCAGUAUCAAAACCAAUCGCGCGACCUUUCUGCGACUAUCACAACAAGUACGGUCACCCAACUGCGAUGUGUCGCGAAUUACAAGCUUAUUUGCUCGCCAAAUAUCGCAAGGGAGAGAUCGCAUUAGCAAACCAGCCCCAAAAUACCGCGCCGCGUAACAACGAAGCUCGAUCAACAAUCUCCACCGAGCAGCUUCCACCCCCUCCCCCAACAAACGAACGACCCAACGACGACCUCGCAAAGAGAGAUCGAGGUAAUCAAACUCGAGGUGACACUCCUCCGACAUCUCGCAAAAAGGUGUUCUUUAUUAUGGGAGGCCUAUCGACAUGCAACUACUCCGUUAGGUCGAUAAAAAAGUACGGCCGCCAAGUCAUGCUUGCACAAAAACGGCAGGUCAAAAGCCCCAAGACUGCAGAAAACGAUGCAAUCACAUUCACCGAGGCCGACAUGGAGGGAGUCGACAUGCCACAUAACGACCCGCUUGUGAUCGAGCUGCGGGUUGCAGAUUGCGAGGUAUCGCGGAUACUGGUCGACACAAGAAGCUCAGUGGACCUGAUUUUCAAAGAAAUGCUUGACAAAAUGGAACUGGCAAACCAUCACCUCAAGUCUUCGGUUAAGCCACUCCCAGGGUUCGACGGGGAUACGGUUUACUUUUCUGAACAAUCAGACUCCCGGUCUACGCAGCAAAGACGACCCGCCUUGUCAAAUUUGUCAUCAUCGACAAACCUGCCAUCUACAACGUGA